AUGUUUCUUCUUUGGUUAUUUAUUUUAUUUCCUUCAUCAAUAGCUCUUAAAUCAUUGAUGGUUACUAUUGGUGCAGGUGGUCAUGUUAUUCCACUGUUUGAAUUAGCAAAAGCGAUGAAACAUCAUCAUGUGACAUUUAUUACUGAACCCUAUGCAAAGUAUUUUAUUGACUUUGACUCCUAUCAGCAUUCGUCUUCGUUUCGUAUUCUCUAUACUAAUGAUUCAGCUGAUGCACCCGUCGAUCAAAUCAAAAUAGAAAAUGAUCUCGAGGAAUAUUUUGCUAAUCAUUCAUUGGUGGAAAGUCUCUCUCAAUUGAUACCGUCAUUAGCUCGAAGUAUUGAUGCACUAUUGAGAAAAACAGUUCAUAUAUUAAUGAUUGAACAAUUUGAUGUAGUUAUUGUUGAUUCGUUUAUCAAGGGUAUUCAUACUCUUAGUGACGAAGCAAAUACACCAUGUGUGAUCCAAACUGCAGGGGUCAAGUUGGACGAGUUCCAUAUCAAUUUACCUCACAUGAAUUCAUUUCUAUCAUCAAAACAAAUUACUCUACUUAAACAUCGUAUCUAUAAUGCUGCAUUUCAUUUACGUUUAAUUGCCUCAAUUGCAAUGAAACUGUUACCAUUGCUUUCGACAUUUUUCCGAUCGCCUCCACAAGUACCCGGUCGAUUUUACGAAACAUUGACGUUAAAAAAUCAAAUUUUCACAACAACAAAAUGUUUACAGUUGUACAGUUUUCCAGAAACACUUUUUUUAUCAUCCGAUUCAGAUCCUUACAAGAAAUAUCUUGGAGCUUUUAUUGACGAAGCAUCCAAUCACUAUGCUAACAAUGAUCUAGUCAGAUGGAUUCAAUCCAAACCAAAACAUUCGAUUAUUUAUGUAUCUGUUGGUAGUAUUGCACGAAUUCAAAUCGAUCGAAUGAAAAGUUUAAUUGAAGUACAAUUAUGA